UUUGCUGAACAGUAUUGUCGCAAUGAAUAUUCUUAUUUUUGCAAGUACGUUUCCUAUGUUUGUUGAUGCCUUGGUGCCGACACCACACAAUCCCUAUAUGAAAGGUUCCGUUGGAGAACUCUACCAAGUACUCAACACAAGGGACAAAAUGUGGCUUGACAAGCGUAGAAAUAUAAGCAACAACCAUAAGUGCCUUUCUUGGCAAAAAGUAUACCUAGGAGGCAGGGGAACGAUUACAUAUACAUUCAAUGAAACUUACUUCGAAGAGCUAAGCCAAAAGACCACGCAAUUAAAUGGGACUUUGAUUAUGAAGAAUUCCUUUGAUGCCACUGGUGCCGCACUCAAUGUGACAGGAACCAAUGAGGCAGGAGAAAAUUUAGAAUACUUGCUCGUUCAUUGGAAUAAGACUUACCGCUGUGCAAUUUUUUACACACAAGAAAUGAUCAAUGGCACUCGAAGAAACCAGACCUGUGGCUUAUAUUACUGGAGCUCCUACAUUGAUAAAGCAGAGGCUAGAAAUAAUUGUGAUAUCUUCUAUAACCUUUAUUGUGGACCUUAUGGUACAGAUCAGGUUCUUUACGAUUCAAACUGCCAAACAUAUCUAGCAUGCUGAAAAAUGUACUCACUUCUUUA